CAGCUUAUUCCGGAUAUUCAUUGCCAACCCCUGUUAUCUUAUUUAUCAUGUUAAUAAAGGGGUGUAUAUCUUAACUAACUGUAACUUGACAUAAUACAAUAAAUACUUUACAUAAUGAAAAAGAAAAUGAGAAGUCAAAUUCCGCAAUUACUCAGGCACUGUCUCGUCAUUGUCUUGUUUCACUUCUGUCCCGAAUCGAUUCUCCGCGAACAAAAUGAUAUGCAGGGUAUAAACAUGUACUAUUCGUUUUAAGGCAUUUAAAUAAUCCACGUGACGACACUAUGUAAAGCUAUUCUGGUUUUAUUUCCCCCUUAGCCGUCAUUGUGGGUCGGAAGAGAAAAAACACGAUCGGCGAGAAGGGGGAGUGUGAUACACAGCCCACUCUGGCUUGGACUGAUCGGGAACUAAUAUUGGAUUUUCCGUUCAUUCAUCAAAACCAGUGUCCGUGGAAUACAGGUGGAACAGUGAGGAGAUAGUCAGAUAGUAGCAGAGCUCUGUGAGUGAGAGAUCGAUGGCCUUCAUCGACCGCGGCUCGAUAGCUACAAAUGUGUAAAUCCGGAUAUAUAUACUAUAUGUAGGAGAAUGACUGACGCCGAAUGACAGAGGCUAUUGGGCUUGCGAAAUGAGGAGAGUUCACCGGUGGAUAUACAUAGUAGUGGGCGCAUACACGUUCUUUACUAUUCUUCUCUGGCGCGCAGAAAAUGGAGGCCACAUUUAUGCACCGAUAGAACCAACCGAUCAUGGGAAGUCACUGCAGGAAAUUGAAACCAAGCCUGCGAUACAGAAAGUUACCAUUGUCACAUCGAAAUCCCCCAAAACCCAGACCCAAGGAGCCCGGGGGGAUAAGUGUCCAGGACUCGACCACCCGACCAACGUUCUGAGAGACUCUUGGCAGUCUGCGAAUGGAAACAGGGUGUACGUGUACUCGGCGUAUUUUGAGCCCAGUCGGAAUCACGUGGUUGUGAUAGGGGCCCGGGACAAGCUGUCAGGCCCCGCCCUGUGGUGUCAACUGUGGGGAGAGGACGGGAGGCUCCAGGUCACCAGAGCUGCCCACAGGGACAUGCCGGAAGGGAAAGGCAAGAGAUAUACAUGUGCAUUCUACACUUGCCCAGUUCCCGCUGGCCUCCAUCCCACAGCAGUGUCCUUGAUGACGUCAGAGUGUGGGAAACCGACGUCAUCAGUUUUUGUUCAUGGAGCCGAAGGUGACAAUGGCAAUUUCACCGUGUGCGUGACUCCGCUUAAUUUUAAUUACAGCAAGGCGUACGAAUUGGUUGAGAUGAUUGAACUUAACAAAAUACUUGGUGCUUCUCACUUUGUAUUUUACAGUUACAGCAUAAACAAAAAUGUCCAAAAAGUAUUGGGGUAUUACAAGGACAAGGGCGUCGAAGUGGUCCCGUGGAAUCUCCCGAUGAAUGUGGACACGUGGCCAAAAAAGAACAUUCAAGUGGAAAUUCAUUAUUUUGGUCAACUUGGUGCUCUAAAUGAUUGUCUCUAUAGGAACCGAUAUAAAUCCCCAUACGUGGUCUUUCAGGACCUGGACGAGUUUAUUAUACCCCGAAAGGUCUCCAAUUGGAAUGAGAUGUUCCAAACAUUACCAAAGAACAAAGGAUCGUACAUGUUCAGAAACACUUUUUUCCGGAAAGAUUGGCCGGAUACGGAUCAGAACUUUACCGAGAAACUAGACGCUCAAAAAUAUAAAAUGAUUACAAUAUUAAAACAGUCGAGAGAAAGUAAAAUAUUUCCUCGAAAACAUAGAUCAAAAUAUAUAGUGGUUCCUAAAAACAUUGAUGCGCUUGGAAUCCACUCUGUGAACCGCUUUAGGGCCGGUGGGGAACAAUUUGUGGAACCGGAUGUGGCGUUGAUGCAUCAUUAUAGAGACUGGGAAAAUCCCACAGACAAGCAACCGCGCAGUAAUGACAACAGAAUCAUGGCUUAUAAAGGAAAAUUAGUAAACAAUGUAAAAAACACUUGGGAGAAACUAAAAGGUGUACCAUUAGGCCCAUUACCAUUUAGUUAACGUCAAAUAUACUUUUUAUAAGAGAGAGAGAGAGAGAGAGAGAGAGAGAGAGAGAGAGAGAGAGAGAAGGAGAGAGAGGAGAAAGAGAGAGAGAGAGAGAUGCAUAAUAAGGAAAUUUGAAAAAAAAGGCAAUUUGAUAUGUACAUGUACAUGUAUGUUAAGACGCAAUGUCUCUAAAUUUUCUCACAAAAUCAAUGUGAGAAGGAAAGAAGUGGAUUAUACCAGGAUAUUUGAUAUCUUGAAAUACUAUUAUUCCAGUCAACUUCGUGUGUGUAUGUGUGGGAAUAGUCUCGCCAAUGUACUAUUUUCUCUGGUCUACCUAUAUCUUACCUAUAUCUUACAUACGUAUGCUACCUCGUUUCUCGGCAAGAGAGAUUGGGUGAGAGAAUGUACUGCAGCAAUGUAUGUGUAAUAUUAUAUACGCUUGUGUGACAAGCCAUGUCCAAAACCAUGUAGUGAAAGUGUUUGAACCAUACAUGUGCUCGACAUGCGAUUGUGAAAGUAUUUAUUUUACGUGAGCAAUUUCACACUUACUGUUUAUGUUAGAUAAGUCAAACCCAGAAACAUUUCAAAUGGUCGUUUGCUGUAUUUCAUUUUUUUUUAAUUCGACGUUCAUAUGUUUUUUUUUCUUGUUUAUGAAAGUUUAUUUGUUGCUGUUCUAUUGCACGACUUGUUACAGAGUUAUUUGAUGCUCACACAGGUGUUCGAUCGAACACCAGAUUAAUAUUUGAACAAUUUUAAUGCAUACUGAAUUUCUGGUUGAUAUAAUAUAAUCUAUGUCAUUGAUUUUUAGAUAACACUGUAUUCCACCGGCACUCAAAAAACGAUGUAUAGAGAAAAGACCAGGUGGAAAGUUUUACGUACGAGUUAUUACCCAGCAUUAAAUAAACCCGAACACCAAUUUAAUCAAAAUUCAUGAAAUAUCCUAAUCACACAAGUAUGUUUUUGGGGUUUUUUUUCUCAAAAUGUUAUGUUAUUGUAAAGAAUUCGCCAUUAAAAAUUAAUUUAUCAAUUGAUAUGUUGAUUCAGCCUAGCUUCCAUUAUUAAAGACUUUCCGUCCAGAUUUUAGAAAGUGCCAGAAAUGCGUUAAGUCCAAGAAAGUUGAACUAGCUUAGUUUCAAAGUAAGAUCAAUAAUAUUGAUCGCCUUUUUUAUUUGUCAAGAAUUGUAGAACACGUGUGAAUUAGACAUAUGUGUUUAAUUAACAUUGACCAGAAAGGUUAUUUUUAUACGAAGUACUUAUUAUUCACAAGUGAUAUCAUGAAUUCUAAUAUCCUGUUCAGUUGCAUUGGUUGCAUCAUAUGGACCAUGCUAAUAUUCUGUCAAAUGAUUUAUAUUGUAUCUUUAUACUACUUGCUGUUUAACAAUGUUAAUUUUAUAUUAUUUUAUGAAUAAAUUAUUAAAUUUA